AUGACUAAUAGUAUCAGAUCCAAGAAGUGGAUUGCCACUGAUAAAGGUGUGUUGCAUUGUGGACCUCAGAAUGUAACUCUUGCCCAGAACGAUCAGACACUCCUGUUAAAGUGGGAAGAUGACCCUUCUUGCUCUGUGAUACGAGAUGGGCUCAUGUACGAGCUGCAGCUUCUCAUAGCAGACAAACCUGUACACAACGAUGAACUUGUUGUGGCACCUGCACAGAUAGGAUCUACUCAUUCCUGGAAAUGGACUUCCCAUUUACCAUCGCAGUGUGCUCACCAUUCAGUCCGGCUCAGGUCCCAAUACAACAACCAAUCAAGCACAUGGAAGCAAAAGACACUACCUGGGAUGCAAAGCCCAGCAGAAAUAUCAGUUUUCCCAAAGGAUAAAAUACUUGAAGUAGGCAGCAGAGCCACAUUCUGCUGCAUUGUGCCAGAAGGAAAAAGUUUCAGGAGAAUGUAUGUAAAUGGGUAUAAAGGCACGGAAAAAAAGAUCAGUGAACAUGUGCAUGCCCUGACUGUUCACCUGGAACAACAAUCAGAAAACUGGAGUGAUGUAAUAUGUGAAACAACCAAAGGAGAAAUCAGUGGAGCCAGUUUUCACGCUGGCUACCCCCCUGGUGACAGUGAUCUUCAGUGUGAAACCCGGGAUCUGGAAUCUGUCGAUUGUUUUUGGAGUGUAGGAAGGAAAAUGGAGGAACUUGCCAUAGUCAGAAGAAAAUACCAGCUUCAUGGAAGCCCAUGCAUCAAUGGACAUUUGGGUAAAUGCUUCCAAAAAGUAGAGGUGGAUGCAGUUGAGAGGAACUGGACCUUAACAGUCACUAAUCCUCUGGGAAAGCUCGAGCUCCAUGACAGGGCAGACCUGACCAAAAGAGUGCACAUGGUCGCGCCAGACAAAGUGGCAGCUUCAACUGUGAACCCCAGAAACAUCAGUCUGAAAUGGAGCUGGACUGUGAAGAAGUACAGUAAUCUCAACCUCACAUGCCAAGUACAUGUCAGCGAUGGAGACUCGAAUACCACAGUUUUCCAGACUGAAAACUUUGGAGUUGGCCUCACAGCUGCAGUUAUCAAGGACUUGAUACCACACUGGGACUAUGACGUGAGGGUCCAAUGUGGAACAGCACAGCAUUUCUGGAAAUGGGGUGACUGGAGCAAAAGUGUCAAUAUCUGCACGAAGGGUGAUGUUCCAGAUGCUCUUGACGUGUGGAUGAAGGUGAAGGAAGACCAGACUGUAAUCUCCUGGAAGGUGCCAUUGGCCAAUCAGAGCCAUGGAGAAAUCUUUGACUACAAAGUGGCCUGGGCAAAGACCAAAGAGAAAAAUCAACCAAACCAAACCAAUGUGUCCAGAAGCAAUCACAGUCUUACACUCACGCUGGACCCCAGUGAGGAGUACAUGGUCACUGUCACGGCUAGAAACAUAAACGGCAGCUCAUCCCCAUCGACCAUCAUCAUCCCCCACCAUAAAUCCGAGGUGAAGACCUCCUGGAUCAAUGGCAGCAAUGGUAGCUUCUUCCUGUCCUGGCCUGUUAGUCCUAACACCAGCUGUGGCUACAUAGUGGACUGGUGUCCAGUCUUCGAGAACUUUGAAGAUGGUCGGAGAUACCUGCUGUCCAUAUACGCCUGCACUGAGGGAGCUCCGGUGCUACUACAGAGAAGAGAGGGCUACAUCAGAGAGACCAAAAUAGAAGGCGAGCUCUUUAAACUCAAAUACAAACAGGAAGACUCGGCUGUUGAGGUAUCCUGGGAGCCCAUACCUCUGGAAAAGCAGACUGCUUCCAUCCAUGGAUAUAUUCUCUACUACCAGGACAAGAGCGGGAACGUUUUUAAUGUGAGCACAGAUGAUCCUGAAGCCACCAGCCUCACUGCAAAGAACCUGAACAUCAGUACGUACACCUUCACGGAUGAACAUACCCUUCGUUAUCUUCCCUUUGAUCAGAGUCGCUACAGAGAGGUCUGGGAUGUUCCGGAGCUGCAUGAUUAUUUUAGUGCACCACAGCCUGUUGUUGGCCAGGACUAUAUGCCUUCUUUUACCUUCUCUCAGACUCCCAAAGGUUACUACAAUAAGCCUCUGAAGAAACUCCAGCCAUGCCUUACUUUACCCACUACAGGCCUCACAUCUCAGCCAGGCUUGCCAUCUUUUCCAGGAAAUGAUGUAUUUCCUAACCCUUCAUAUAACCUGACAGUGCAGGGUGAGGACCAGCAGUCACAAUCACAUCUUCAUAUCCAGCAGGGCAUACGUAUAAUUGAUAGCUUUCAUGAAUACCAGCCUCAGAGCCCUGAAGAGACCUCUACCGCAACUCAUCCUGAGGACGUACCAGACAGUCCUCUUUCAUAUUCAUCCACGUACAUUUUGUUGCCACAGAAGAUGUUCAAGUAG